GCAGUCGGUGUCUGUCCGUACGAUGGAGUAGAAGACCGGCACAACAUCUGUCCUGCCGCGCACAGUCAGGAGGAGCUGGACGAGUGGAAGGAGAGGCGGCAGCACAGAUGGCUCAACAUGGAGAUGGCGCGGAAACAGGACCUCUUCUCUUAUAUGGACAAACUCAUUGAAGAGUACGAGAAGACCACAGAUGGACCCUCAGUAAUUGCAGACUCACUGGAUGGAGUCAGUAUCACCUGCAGCCAGGAUGAGGGCGUUCUGUUGGAAACAAAGGAUACACAGUUCACGUGGAUCUUUACUGUGACAUCCAAGGAGCCAUUAGAGCAUGUUGCGUUGCUUUUCAAUCAGCAUAGAACGCACUUCUCUUUGCAUGGAAAAGAAUUAGAGAGGAGCUGUCAAGUCGCGGAGGGUACACGAUUUCAAAAUUCCUCUGACAACACUUACAAUGUCGAAGUCCAGGGCACGUCUCAAAUGUUCGGGGUUUUCCCCCAAUUGGUCGUUUUCGACUUCGGGAGACGACCCGUGGUUAAGAGACGUUUGGUGUUGUACGUGGGUAGUGUAGAUCCUGACAACGGUGCCCAAGUCAAACCCGACCGAUCUGACUUCGAACGCUGGCACAGUGGAAACAGAAGAAUCGUGAAGUUCGCUGAAGGACUCGACCCAGAGAACGAAGCACUGCUAGCGAAGUACAAAGAACCGAUGGAGGAUCAACGGGAGGUUUUGGCGAGGCUCUCCCAACGCAAGAAAGAGUUGAACGAAACGGUCUACAAGACCCGUAUGCACGACCUUCUCUACCUGGAGGAGUUGACAAGAAACAGAGAAAUUUCCAGUAUCCGUACAAAGACAGCUCUUGAGCUAUCCGACCGUAUAGAAGACGGCAUCCUCCUGUUUGCUGAGGAUGGCACGUUGUACACCAAGCUUCAUCUGCAGGACCAGCUGAGCGAGGAUGGACCCGCCGGGAAACUCAUCCUCACCAACGUCAACACCGUGUUACUGGCUCCUAAAGGAAGCGAUUCUGACAAGGUCUACGAAGCGGCCAUCGUCCAACUGAAGGGGUUUGAAGGAAGACGAAAGGACGUAAUUUACCUCCAACUGUCCAGACGCUGCUGCCAAGACCUGGACCUCAGCUCCGGAAAAACGGUUGAGUUUGAAGUCCGUUUCCAGCUCAACCGGGUACAUUUCUGCUACAUGCACUUCGCUGUGGACAACAUGGCGGCGCUUCACGCCAUCUUCCCCAGCAGGGCAGACAUGUCGUGGGUGUCGGUGGUUGAGUCCUUGCCAACACAGGUGCAGGAAACGGAGCUUAACGCGAGACAGAGGACCGCUGUCGCCCGCAUCAUGAGCAGGAUAGGCGACACUAACCCACCUGUGGUUCUGUACGGUCCUUUCGGCACAGGCAAGACUAGGACCAUGGCUUCUGCUGCCCUGCAGAUUGUCCAGCAGCCGGGUACGAAUGUUCUCAUCGCGACACACUCUAAUAGCGCUGCUGACUUGUACAUCAGGGACUACAUCCAUCCAUACGUCACUUCCGGUCAUCCCGAGGCGACCCCAUUACGUGUGUACUUCAAAGAGCGCCGCCUAGACACCGUUGACGAGACUGUCAGGGAGUACUGCAAACUGGGCCCCAACAAGGAGUCCUUCGCCAUGCCCCAAAUGGACGAUAUCAUGAACCACCGUAUCGUCAUCGUCACCCUCACCACGUCCAUGUACCUGAUACGGAUGGGCAUCAAGAAAGGACACUUCACUCACAUCCUCCUAGACGAGGCUGCACAGGCCAUGGAGUGUGAAACCAUCCUCCCGCUCUGUCUCGCCGAUUCCUCCACGCGUAUCGUGCUGUCCGGAGAUCACAAACAGAUGAGCCCGAAAGUGCAUUCAGCAGAAGCGUGUGACUUUUCAUUUGACAAGUCCCUGCUGGAACGAAUGGUCCAAAGGUACAUCAAAUUUGGCAAAGUCAAAGGUACAGCAGAGAAAGCAGAAAACCCAUUCCUGGUCAUGCUGAAGGACAACUACCGUUGCUGUGAGGAGAUUCUCCGUUUCCUGUCGGAGUCCUUCUACGGAGGGCUGAAGAGCAUGGGCCAGCCUCGCCAUCCACGGUGGUACCCGCUCACGUUCUUCAGCGCCGAAGGUGACGACAAGACGGGAGACUACAGCACAUCGUACUUCAACAUAGCGGAGGUGUUGGAGAUAUCAGAGAGAGUACAACAGCUGUGGAAAGACUGGCCGGAGGAGUGGGGCCCCCCUAACAUGGCAAACAUCGGAGUCAUCACACCAUACCACAACCAGAUGCAGCUUAUCAGAAAAGAGCUGCGCCAGAAACGCCUGGGUGGUGUCACAGUUGAAAUGGUAACUAACAUCCAAGGUAAGCAGUUCAGAGCAGUCUUCAUCAGCACAGUCAGAACCAGAGCAACCUGUGACCCAAACAACGACAAGAACAGCUACGGAUUCUUGUCGGACAGCAAGCUGCUGAACACCGCCAUGACCAGAGCGCAGUCUCUUGUCGCCGUGGUAGGAGAUCCACGCGCGCUCUGUUCACGUGGGGAGUGCCAGCGAGUCUGGCAAAGGUUUAUCUCCGAAUGUGAGAAGAACAAGAGCCUGUUCCCACAGACCCUCACAAUGAGCCAAAUCUAUGAAAGCAGUGAGAGUACCUCACUCAACCCGGAAGCACAGCCCUUUACUCCCAAAGGCCCUCUCGGGAGUCAGGGAGUCUCGGCACCGUGGUAUACACCCGCAGCGGCCAGGAAAUUAGAUGAGCCAGACGAAAUCAUCAGACAGCUCAUUCUUGAAAGUCUAGAAGAGGAGAACAAAGAGGAAGCAAAUCGUUUCAAAGCGCAGGCGUUCGACCCCAACAGGGUAGCCGUGGUGCAAAGUCAAAAGGAUCCAUCGCAGGUAUACCUACAGUACAGCUCAGGGCAAUGGACAAGUGUGAGGCGCCCAGCCCAACCAAGACUGGAGAGACCCCGCCUGGGAGCAGACAACGCCGAUAGGGAGUAUGACUCAGGUGAGGAUGAACCGUACGACCCCACACAGCUUGAAGUUCAGGAGGAGAGCGACAGAAAAUGCUUCUACACCAACUACUCACCAGAAGAACUGGAAAACCUUCUCCUUACUCAACCAGACCGGUACAAAAGAUGCAGACUGGUCGUGAAGGGAACCUACACAGCUUACGGAGAAGUCAUCGGAGCAGACGAAGACGACAUUGUGAUUAACAGCAGAAAGAAUCGAGGAUUAGGGUGGUCAAACGACGAGGUGGUGGUAGAGAUCCUUGACAACACUGACCAAGAGUCGGAAGUAUUCAAGACGUCAUCAGACACCAAAAGAGGAAGAGUAGUCGGGGUCAUUCAACCAGCGGUUUCCUUGCACCUGAGGAAGUUCGUGUGUGUUGUUGACGCCAAUAACCAUAACGUAAUGGUCCCCAUCAACACUGAUGCACCAAAGCUAAUGACCUACUUCGGCAGAGAGAACAGACGUCUAAACAAAGUCCGUGUGUACAGCUACAUGUCAGACGCUUCUUUCAGGUUCAAAAAUUAUGAGGACAUAGACCCCAGAGAUCCUUACAAGAAGCUGUUUGUCGUGAGAUUCCUGAAGUGGACGCCGAGGUACGUCUAUCCCCUGGGCGUGGUGACAGGUGUGAUAAAUCCAGACAAAACGCUUGACACAAGUAUGGAAAUCCUCAACAACAGGUUCAACGUCCCAAGCAGGUACAAGGGCAAGGUUGAAGAAGACGUGAACAGGCGGUACUUAGUGGAUUGGCAUAUCCCACAAAAGGAGAGGAACCAAAGGAAGGACUUGUCCAGAACUCACACAGUGUUCACCGUCGACCCACCAGAAUCUAUGGAUUUGGACGACGCCUUCAGUAUUGAGAGGAAUCUCGAUGGAACCUACACUGUGGGAAUACACAUCGCUGAUGUCAGCUAUUUCAUCCCAGUUGGAAGUGAUCUAGACAGGGAGGCUAAGGAAAGAUCGACUACCCUCUAUAACCACACUGGGAAACCACCGGUCCACAUGAUCCCGAAAAGGCUGAGUGAGGGGGUGUGCAGUCUGCUGCCCAACAGGGAUCGCCUGGCCCUAUCUGUGUUCGUGGAAUUUGAUAGUGAAGGUGGUAUUGUUGGUGAACCGACAAUGGAGAGAUGCGUCGUCCAUUCUCGGGCAAAGUUGAGCUAUGCACAAGCAGAAGAUAUCAUAGACGGGUGCGGUUCCUUGACCGUACCGCAGGAGGUGCAAGAUGGUGUCCGCGUACUGCAGACCAUAGCAGCGGCCCGCCGGCAGAAGAGACUAGGUCCAGCUCAUCUCUACCACCAACCAGACGAGGAAAAAGAAGGAGCUGUGAGGGCACACACAAUGGUGGAGGAAAUGAUGAUCCUAGCCAACACGAAAGUAGCUGAGGUUUUGCGGCUAAACUUCCCCGAAGUCACGCCUCUUCGCAAACAGCAGCCACCAAAGAAGGAGAAGCUUGAGAACUGGAGACAACGUCAUGGCGGCCUAUCAGGCUAUUCCGUCGAGUUGUCAAAGUCUUUCCCGAAUGAGGAGAGCACGGAUACACCAACUGCCGAAAUCCCACUAUUAAAGGACAUUUGGGAUGAGAUCCGCCUUGCUGCUUUAAGUGGAGACCUUGACAGAAUACAGCAGCUGGUAUGCACGGAUGAAAAUCACCCCACCUUGGCACGAGCAUUGCUGCAGCUGCGUGGCAUUCAGGACAGAGCACAGUUUACGUGUUCUGAAGCUGAACCGAGCGAACACUACUCUUUGCAGCAAUCGGCAUACACCUAUUUCUCGUCCCCUAUUCGUAGGUACAUCGACGUCGUAGUCCAUCGUCUUCUCGUGGCUUUGAUCGCAAAACAACCGCCACCAUAUACUUCUGAUGAAGUUAAGGAAAUCUGCAGUCACUACAACAACAUGGAGAACAACGCCAAGACGUACGAGCGAGAGACGCUGGUCCUGAAGUUGGCUUAUGAUUGGAUGACCAAGCCAGAAGUCAUGUACCCUGUCAUUGACACCGUUGACGGACAUGAGAUACAGCUCCUCAUGCCGUCCGUACGACACACAGAGUCUCGUCAGCGGCGUGUUGCGUUCAGCCUACUGAAGCCGACAGCUCUACCAAGCCCUGAAGACGAGGGAGAAUCCGUUGAGGUACGCUGGAAACAACGGAUUUACGACACAGCACCUGACAAGACCAAACUGCCGUGGCCUUCCGAUCGCAAAAGGCCCCUGCAACUCGACAGUGAGAAAUAUGUGAUAAGGAUACCUGGUCAAUAUUGGCAAAGGCUGGUUGAACAUGUUCAAACGGGAAAUAUUGACCUCAUAAAGUGCGUUGUAACCUACAUAGAGGACGUCGUUGGCAUGCAGCUGACGUUGGGUCCAAAGGUGUUUGAAGAGGUGUCAUCGGAAGCAAGGGAAGGUAUGUUUGCAGAUCACUUCUGUACCUUCCAGAUGACGUACACGCCAGGUCAAGUGGUUAAGGUACAGCUGACCGGAGACAUACAGAAGGGUCUUCUGUCUCCGUGCAUCCAGCUGUUCAACCUGACGCCGAAGAUGGACGUGUGUCUCGACCACAGACGAGACGCAGUGACAAGGUUUGCCGUCCCCGCCACGCAGUCUGUACGCAACAUGACACGGUACAGAUCCGUACAAAUGUAUCAGAACCGCUGGUUACCCAUCAUGGCGGUGGAAGCCGCUCACUGUGCCGUGGAAAACAACGAGUCAGUCAUCGUCCAUGGUACCUUCAUCAGCUGGGAAAAACAGCAGCACCAAACAACAGGGGAAGUGGCGUACAUUGGUAAGAUCACUCUCUCACAGAAGUUCUGCAAGGACCGCUGUAUUCGCUUCGACCAGGGCAACCAGGGCAAGCUCACUUCAGUUAAUGACACCGGGAAGUAUUUCGACUACAUCUGUGUGCGCUAUACCGGUGUGAGGGUUGCGAUGACUCGUGAUGGUCGCUUCAAUAUCGCUGCCGACAAGACCGAAGAGAAACACCCCCUGGUCUGUUGGGUGGGACACUGCCUGGUGAUGCCCGGGGUACAGCUUAGUCAUCGCCAGGACGGGGACAUCACGGUUCCUAUCAGGCUUCAUCAGCACCUCAUGGCGUUCCCGGACACUCUCCUGCACCACGGCACGUCUAUUCCAGCAACCAUAGAGAUCAUCACCAAGACUCUACCUGACAGACGUAUGGAGAACGCUGUAAGAUGGCUCAGCGGUUCGUCAGACUUAGUCCAGCAAAUCGCCACUGGGAAAAACAUUACUGCUAGAGUUAAUCCGCUGGCGAGUGAAGUCACCACCGAACCGUUGCCAGCCUUCUUUCCGUUGAACCAAGUCCAGGAGCAGGCUGUGAAACAGGCUAUCAGCCAGCCCUUCACUCUCAUCCAGGGCCCGCCAGGCACUGGGAAGACCGUGACAGGAGUCCACAUAGCGUACUACCUGGCAGAGAUGAACAAACGGAUCCAGUCUGUGUCCGGAGAGGGGGUGUACCCACCUCAGGUGCUGUACUGUGGACCCUCCAACAAGGCGGUGGACGUGGUCACUGGAUACAUGAAAAAGAUCAAAGGUGACCUGAAGAUUGUCCGCAUGUACAGCGAGAUGAUAGAGAGAGAAGAGUUCCCCAUCCCGAACGAGCCGGUACAUCCAAAUAAGUGCAAAAGUGAGAAAGAGUCAAAGAUAACCAACGAACACGACGAUGUUUCACUGCACCACCUGAUCCGUAAACCCAGCAACCCCCAUGCGGAGACAAUCAAGGCUUUUGAAAGUCUCUUCAAAGACCCAAACUACACCGUGACAGAGAACGACAUCACUACCUACAAAAACCACAUUAUCAAAGCAAAGAUACACGAGCUGAGACAGAAGCACGUGAUCCUGUGCACCUGCACGGCUGCGGCCAGCCCGAAGAUGGGCAUGGCGACCAACAUCGAGCAGUGCAUCGUGGAUGAGUGCGGCAUGUGUACGGAACCGGAGAGUUUCGUCCCCAUAGUCGGGGCUCCAGUGGAACGAAACGGGUCGAUGACAUUCCACAACCCCAAGCAGGUCAUCCUGAUUGGUGACCACCAGCAGCUGAGACCAAUCGUUCUGGAGAAGACGUCCCAACAGCUCGGGCUGGAUACGUCACUGUUCCAGCGGUAUGCAUGGAAAGCUACCAUGCUCACAAUACAGUACCGUAUGCACGAAGCCAUCUGCAGCUUUCCAUCCCGAAUGUUCUACGAGAACAAACUCCGUACCCACCGUACCGUCAUCGAGAGGCCCAGGCACCCUGCCCUGGACAGGCUGUGGCCGGGAGGAGACAACAGGCCUACCGCCUUCUGUCACGUGGUCGGGAAGGAGGAGGUCCAGACGGUGGCAACGGCGGAGGGCAACCAGAUGUCACGGAGCAACGAGAUGGAGGCUGACAUGGCGGUUAAGAUGGCGAUUUGUUUGGUGAGAGAGCACGGUAUCAAGCCCGAGAACGUCAUCUUGUUGUCCCAGUACCGCGCCCAGUGCGCGCUCAUCAACAAGAAGCUGUCGUCUGAAAGGAAGAGGCUGAAUGACGAGCGAGUCGAGAGAGUUGGCGUGAACUCGGUGGUCUCUAGUCAAGGAAGCGAGUGGGAUUACGUCAUCUUCUCCACGGUGAGAUCUCUGCCGUCGUACGAGAUCGAACAGAACCCGUCCCCCAGCUGGCUCCGGAAGUACCUCGGCUUCAUCAUGGAUCAGAACCAGGUCAACGUCGCCAUCACCCGGGCCAAGAGAGGACUGUGUGUUAUCGGUAAUAAGAACCUACUGAGGGUACAUACUCUGUGGAACAAGCUGAUCAUCCAUUACGAAGAGCAGAAGUGCCUUGUGAACAACACGAACUUCCUGCAGCUCGCACGUUCCACAACUCUGCAGAACGUGAGGACAGGGAGAUCCCAACAGCACCCAUGGGGGAAUGGGAUGCCUCAAAUGUAAUGCACACAUUGUUAAUGAUUUUUGUGAAUCAUACUUUUCAAUGGGCCCCCUUGGAAAUCAACUACUGUAUGCACUGUUGUAGGGGCUACCCAUCUGUCUCAAGAUGAAAUAAAUAAAUAAAUAAAUUCUAAAUACGGAAUCCCCAACUUAGUGUUUUUGUGUAUUUUAUGGAUUUUUAUCUUUCCACUGAUGUUAUGGUCCUUUGCCAAAUAGACCGAGCAUACGCCAUAAUAGAUAUACUAGUAAGUCAAUUCAUGCCAAAAGAGAUAUUGUGAAAAUUGUGAAGCAAAAUACGAAUAUAAAUUAUGUAAUUUCAAAUGGAUAGAGUCAGUUAUACAGAAUAGGACACUAAUCAACAUGGCCUAACAAGUAUUUUCGUGAUAAUUUUGAAGACUAUUUUCUUCGGUGUAUAAUUGUUUGGGUUUAUAUUGUUUUUCCCUUACCAAAUAACAGUACUGUACUGUGUCGUAUAUUUCUAAGCUGAUUAAGAGCUUUUCAUGUAUAGGUAUUAAACGGUAACAUUGUAUAAGGUACAUGGAAAUGGUUAUACGUGAUGGCAGGCUUCCAUUGCGUUUUAUCGAACACUACAAAAUAACCUGUUGACAUAUUUUCUGGUGUGAAUUUUUUAGAUCUUUCCAGUUUUGAGAGUAUGUUUUACUGUUUUACUUGGAAUAUCAAUUGUUUUUAUCUGUAUUUGAUCGAAAGGUUUAUGGAAUGAACUACAAAAAAGAUUUUGAGAUGUACACUUCCGAGUUUUAUAGCUUUGUGCUUUAUGUCUUGUUUUCCUUUGGUGGCAUUCUCCUUUGGUGUGGUAGACUGGCUGUUAUUAGUGUAAAUUACAGUGAAACACCAGUUAAGAAUACGUGCGCAUGAUCAAUACGGACAUUCUAUAACAGUCAAUGCCUGGCUAUGACUUUCAUAAUUGGGACAUAAGUAAUAUGUAAUACGGUUUAAGAGUAUCAACAGUUUUUGCAAGCAAUGCAUUUAUCUAUGACUGGCAUAAAAACUUAAAAUAGUUCCGUGACCAAGGUUAAAUAAGUCGAAUGACAGUUUUAUUUUCAGAGACAAUUACGAAAUCCCAAACUAGUUAUUGUACAUUUUAUCACAGAGCGAUACAGCAAAUACAUUUACCAUGCCUAAACGUCGAGUAGUUAGUAGAUAAACUCAUCACUGUAUGCUGAACACCUAUCUCAUUCUAUCGUAGAUGAUUUUCUUAACAUUACUUAUUCGUUGUUCUUUUUCUCUGUUACUAACCUCCAUUAUAUGGAUACCAGCGAUGCAAAUAACAACUGUGUCUUAUAUUACAUAGAGAUGCCGACAGUCAUGUACGGGUAUAUAUAUAGGUCAUUAUUUCUAUCUUUUUACAUAGGUAGCCAGAAAUCUACGUUCGUGACAGCCGCUAUUGUAAAACUAUUAUUCCAUAAAAACAUACUAGUAAACUUGAAUUAUCAUAAAAAUUCCACACAGUUUCAAAAUCGGGAGAUGGCUUAUCUUGGUACAUCAUAUAGCUUGUUUGCGUGUUUCUUUUCUGUCUUCAACUCAGCUACACUCUAUCAUUUCACCUCAAACAGCCGUAGUUUUAAUACCAUUUGUCGUUCAUAAGCUUAACAAUCAGAAUUUAAAAUGCGCCAUCUAUGGUCAGGAUACAAACAUUGCUUCGACAAUCUAGAACAGAAAUAUGCGAAAGAUAAAACGUGCAUAGUCACUCACAUAAAA